AUGAAGGCUACGGUGAUCGCGUUUGGGACGCGAGGAGAUGUCCAGCCGCUUGUUCUCCUUGCUGCAGGGAUGGCAGCGCAGUCCGACCUGUGGAACGCGGUCGUGUUGGUUACCCACGACGGACACCAUGAGUUCGUGCGGUCUCUGCUGGGAGGCCAAGCCGUCGCUGUCGCUGCCGUGGAUUCACCACCUGUCCUCUGGAAAGGGACGCCGGGAUCCGACGCUGCCGAAACAAGGGCAAACCUCGCACAGCAGAACGGCUGCAUCGAGGCAUGUCGGGGAGCAAACCUGGUCAUCUUCAAUAUGUUCGCCCUUGAAGGAUAUCACGUCAGCGAAGCACUUCGUAUCCCCAGCGCUGUGUGCCACCCUUACUUGAUGACGGCUUCGCCUAUGCCGAGCUCCUUCCCGAAGAGGCUGAGGAGGACCUAUCCCCGCCUGUAUCGCGGUCUUACCCGAGUCCCAAACAAACCAAGGUUAGCGCACAAAGAAGAUUGCGAAGGUGCUGCUACCGCUCCCACUAGCAGCAGCGAGGAGCAAAGUGAGCUGAGCCAGGCAGCUGAAACAAAAAGGGUGCGUUUGGAGACCGCUUGGGACCACGUGGAGCAUUGGAUGUGGCCAUUGUUCACGAACAGGUGGGCCACUUUCCGGGAACGCUUAGGGCUUGACCCUUGCCCUCUGCAAGAGAGCCUAGAGGCGCAACCUUCGGAGCCACGGAGAGAGGGCUUAGCGGUAGCCGACAACGGUUGCCUGAGUUCCUUGAGGACGAUCGACUCGACAGAACUGCCGUUGGUACUGUACCUUUUCUCGCCCCUCGUAGUGGAUGCGUCACCUUAUUGGCCCGAGAGCGUACGGGUCUGUGGAUAUCUGUUCCCUUCACCAGCUUCAAGAACGCACCCAAAGGGCCGCCGGGCAGGGCUACGAAAUCCUGGCCACGAACAAGAACCGAUCCAAUCCUCGACCGAGCGGCAGCUCGAUCCAACGGCUGCCUUCGGUUCCAACGAGCACGUUCCCGAAAGUGAAAACAGCAAUGCCGCAUUGGAGGAACGCCUGGGCAUUCCGCCAAGCGUAGAGGAAUUUUUGUCCGUGCGCGAGGACCGGCCGAUAUACGUUGGUUUCGGUUCGAUGUGGGGUAUGUGUGUGCCGGGGUAUCGACUAGCCUUCGCCCUUCGAGUGCUGCUGCUCGGGGUGAGGCAGGCAGGCGGGAGGUGCCUGGUAAAUUUGCCCCACCUCCCCACGGUUGAGAAAAAGGAACCCUUCGAUGGCGCAGGGGGGCCGAGCAAGCGUCAGCUUGGGGAGCUCGAAUCCGCCACCGACUUGCUUGGUGAGUUCGCGGCGUCUGCAGGUCGAGAUAAUCUCCUGGUCCAUCACGGGCCACUUGAUCAUAGCUGUUUUCUGUCACGAUGUUCGGUGGCGAUUCACCACGGAGGAAGCGGGACGACGGCCGCCGUGCUCAGGGCUGGAAUUCCACAUGUGGUCUGCCCUCAGCAACUCGAUCAGUUCUUCUGGGCUGAGCGUGUGCGCUACCUGGCCGUGGGCGGUGUGUUAGAGAGGUCCCUCUUCGUCGGGCGCGUACCGGCACCAACUGAACCACCUGGCCCUCUGGUUGGUAAAGCAUCGGCGGCGAUUUCAGCUGCGCUUACACCGCAGGUGAAGCUGCGCGCGGCGUGUAUGGGAGUCAAAAUACGCGCGGAGAGCGGCCUCGACAAGGCCCUUGAUUCUUUGUCUCUCUUUAUGAGGAAACGGUCGCCAACACCAGCCGCACAACACCGCGAGGCAACGAUUGAGUCCGCUAUCACUCAACUCCACAUGGCGACCCCAUCGCCAACUUUAGACCAUGUUUCCGCGGGAAAAGGCCAAGCAGUGGAAGAAAAUCUGGGGGGGGGGACGGGCGAGAUUCUUGCAGCAGUCGACAGGGUUGGUGAUUCUCUCCUGAGCGGCGGCGGGAGCGUAGGGGUUGACAAAGACGCUAACGAGGACAAUAUGGUGUUGCGGGAGAUGCCGAACGGGUUGGCGGUGUGGUGGGGCAGUCGUGCCGAGGAGGAGGCGUUUUUCAUCUAUGGGGAGGUUUUCGAGGACAGGACGUACGCGAGGAUGGACGUUCGGGUGCAAGACGGCGACACGGUCUGGGACGUUGGUGCCAACGUCGGCCUAGCAAGCAUCUUCUUUGAGCUGGAGACAGACACGCCCGAUUCUCUUCGUAUUUUCGCCUUCGAACCCCUGCCCAUCAACAGGUCGGCACUGCAGCGGAAUCUAUCCGAGCACUGUCCUACUGCGGUCAUCCUUGAGUACGCUCUCGGCGCCAAGCACGAGGACAACGUUCUCGCGACCUUCUACCCCCACAUGCCUGGAAACAGCACCCUGAGGCCCCUUGAGAAGGAACGGUUACAGGGUAAGAUGGGGCGGACACCAGGAGGGAAGGCCUCAUCGCGAGGGGAGACGCGCGUUGAGGCCUCAAAGGGAACGUUUUUCGACGACGCUGAGCAGAUCGUUGCAAACGUAGACUCGUCGUCUCCCAGCUGUCGACUUAUCGGCGACAAGGCGUCGUGCAGUGUGAGGACAGUGUCGUGGGCAAUGGCCGCCCUCGGGGUGGACAAGAUCGACUUGCUCAAGAUCGACGUGGAGGGGGCCGAAUUGGACGUGCUACUUGGAAUCGAACAACAAGAUUGGCCCAAGAUCAAGCAAGUGGUGGCCGAGGUACAUCCUGUGGGAGACCGCGUCCCGCGGGCAUGCGAGCUGCUCCGACGUCAUGGAUAUGAUGUCUCGGUACAGGCGUUGGGACUGGAUGGCACGCCGCUAUCGCCGAGCCCUGGACUGAGAGCCGCUGACAUGGGCAGCAAAGCACAUGGGACAGCAGCGUCGUCUUCUGUGGAAAAGACGGUUGUGCAAGAACAGCGAUCGGGAUUGAGUCAAGGCCAAUCCAAGCCCCCCGAAGACGGCAGCAGUAGGUGCGACGGUGGUCAUCAGGGCGCCGGCGCCGAAUGGAGUUGCGGGCGGAACAAGGAGGCAUGUGAUGGCGUGGUUUCCAUGGUGUACGCCAAACGGUUAUCGUAG